AUGUCGGGCGGCGGCGGCAGCCGGGAGGAGGAGCGGCGCAAACUCGCCGACAUCAUCAACCACUGGAACGCGAACCGGCUGGACCUGUUCGAGAUCAGCGAUCCCACCGAGGAUCUGGAGUUUCAUGGAGUAAUGAGAUUCUACUUUCAAGACAAAGCAGCUGGAAAUUUUGCAACAAAAUGUAUCCGUGUCUCUAGUACGGCCACAACUCAAGAUGUGAUAGAAACUCUUGCAGAGAAGUUUCGACCAGACAUGCGAAUGUUGUCAUCCCCUAAAUACUCGCUUUAUGAGGUGCACGUCAGCGGAGAAAGAAGAUUAGAUAUAGAUGAGAAGCCUCUUGUUGUACAAUUAAAUUGGAACAAAGAUGAUCGAGAGGGAAGAUUUGUUUUAAAGAAUGAAAAUGAUACACUUCCUCCAAAGAAGGCUCAGAGUAACGGUCCUGAAAAACAAGAAAAAGAGGGAGUAAUUCAGAAUUUCAAACGAACUCUUUCAAAAAAAGAAAAAAAAGAAAAAAAGAGACGUGAAAAAGAGGCAUUGCGACAAGCAUCAGAUAAAGAUGACAGACUUCUUCAAGGGGAUGAUGUUGAGAAUUCUCGCCUUGCAGCUGAGGUUUACAAAGAUAUGCCUGAGACCAGCUUCACUCGCACAAUAUCCAAUCCUGAAGUGGUUAUGAAACGGCGGCGACAGCAGAAACUAGAGAAGAGAAUGCAGGAAUUCCGCAGUUCUGAUGGCAGACCAGACUCAGGUGGGACACUGAGAAUUUAUGCAGACAGUUUAAAACCAAAUAUACCGUAUAAGACAAUCCUGCUGUCCACUACGGAUACGGCGGACUUUGCAGUUAUUGAAGCACUGGAAAAAUACGGUCUGGAGAAGGAAAAUCCCAAGGAUUAUUGUAUCGCUCGCGUCAUGCUGCCUCCUGGUGCUCAGCACUCUGAUGAUAAAGGUGCUAAAGAAACUAUUCUUGAUGAUGAUGAGUGUCCACUACAGAUAUUCAGGGAGUGGCCUAGUGAUAAAGGAAUACUAGUAUUUCAAUUGAAAAGACGGCCUCCUGAUUAUGUCCCAAAGAAAUUCAAGAAAAUAACUGAUGGAAAGCCAUUAAAGGGGAAGGAAAGAGUUGACGGGUCUGGAUAUGGCUCUUGCCUUCCUCCUGAGAAACUACCAUAUCUGGUAGAAUUAAGCCCAGGGAGAAGGAAUCACUUUGCCUACUACAACUAUCACGCAUAUGAAGAUGGUUCUGACUCCAGAGAUAAGCCAAAGCUUUAUCGUCUACAAUUAAGUGUCACUGAAGUUGGAACUGAAAAAUUCGAUGACAAUUCCAUCCAGUUAUUUGGUCCAGGAAUUCAGCCUCAUCAUUGUGACCUCACUAAUAUGGAUGGAGUUGUUACUGUAACCCCAAGAAGCAUUGAUGCCGAAACCUAUGUGGAAGGUCAGCGUAUUUCAGAAACCACUAUGCUGCAAAGUGGAAUGAAGGUUCAGUUUGGAUCAUCUCACGUGUUUAAGUUUGUGGAUCCCACUCAGGACCAUAUUAUUCCUAAAAGACCUAUUGAUGCAAGUCUUAUGGGAAAAGGUCCAAGACACAAAACUGGAGCUGUUCAGGAAACCACAUUUGAUUUGGAGGGAGACGUUCACAGUGGAGCAGCAUUACCAGCAAGCAAGAGCACCAGCAGGCUUGAUGGUGACAGGACAUCAUCGGCAUCCAGCACAGCAGAACGAGGAAUGGUGAAGCCAAUGAUUAGACUAGAGCAGCAGCAAGAUUACCGCAGACAGGAAAGACCUCAGGAUACCCAUGGACCAGAACUGAUGCUACCUGCCAGUAUUGAAUUCAGGGAAAGCUCUGAAGAUGCCUUCUUAUCUGCCAUUAUAAAUUACACAAAUAGCUCAACAGUUCAUUUCAAGCUGUCACCUACAUAUGUUUUGUAUAUGACAUGUCGGUAUGUAUUGUCAAGCCAGUACAGACCUGACAUCACUCCUACUGAGCGUACUCACAAAGUUAUUGCUAUAGUCAACAAGAUGGUGAAUAUGAUGGAAGGAGUUAUACAGGAGGUAGACCAGGUUGAUCAGAAACAGAAGAAUAUUGCUGGGGCACUUGCCUUUUGGAUGGCAAAUGCAUCCGAAUUACUGAAUUUCGUAAAGCAAGACAGAGAUCUUAGUCGAAUUACUGUGGAUGCACAAGAUGUUUUGGCACACUUGGUUCAAAUGGCAUUCAAGUACCUGGUUCAUUGUCUGCAGUCAGAGCUUAAUAACUACAUGCCAGCAUUCCUUGAUGAUCCAGAGGAAAAUAAUCCUCAGAGGCCUAAAAUAGAUGAUGUGCUGCAUACAUUGACUGGAGCUAUGUCCUUAUUGCGACGAUGUAGAGUGAAUGCUGCUCUGACUAUACAGCUCUUCUCCCAGCUGUUUCAUUUUAUCAACAUGUGGCUUUUUAACAGAUUAGUUACAGCCCCUGAUUCAGGGUUAUGUUCACAUUAUUGGGGUGCUAUUGUUCGUCAACAGUUGGGCCACAUUGAAGCCUGGGCAGAAAAACAGGGAUUAGAAUUAGCUGCUGAUUGUCACCUCAGCAGAAUAGUGCAGGCAACCACAUUGCUUACCAUGGAUAAAUAUUCACAUGCAGAUGUUCCAAAUAUUAACAGUACUUGCUUUAAGCUGAAUUCUCUGCAGCUACAAGCUUUGUUGCAGAAUUAUCACUGUGCUCCGGAUGAACCACUCAUCCCAACAGAAUUGAUAGAGAAUGUAGUAACUGUUGCAGAAAAUACGGCUGAUGAACUUGCACGCAGUGAUGGCCGCGAAGUCCAGCUGGAAGAGGAUCCUGACUUACAGCUACCUUUUCUUUUACCAGAAGAUGGCUAUUCCUGCGAUGUUGUCAGAAAUGUUCCAAGUGGUUUACAAGAAUUUUUAGAUCCGCUCUGUCAGAGAGGUUUUUGUAGACUAACACCUCAUCCACGGUCACCAGGCACCUGGACAAUAUACUUUGAAGGUGCAGACUAUGAAAGUCACCUCUCACAUGAGAAUGCUGAGCUAGCUCAGCCUUUGAGGAAAGAACCUGAAAUUAUCACUGUAACACUAAAAAAACAAAAUGGAAUGGGCCUGAGCAUUGUUGCUGCCAAGGGUGCUGGUCAAGACAAACUUGGAAUAUAUGUCAAGUCUGUUGUGAAAGGAGGUGCUGCGGAUGUGGAUGGUCGUCUGGCUGCAGGGGAUCAGUUGCUCAGUGUGGAUGGCCGAAGUUUGGUGGGCUUAUCCCAGGAAAGGGCAGCAGAACUUAUGACUAGGACAGGUUCUGUAGUAACACUGGAGGUAGCAAAACAAGGAGCAAUUUACCAUGGUCUGGCAACACUACUUAACCAGCCAUCCCCAAUGAUGCAAAGAGUUUCUGACCGCCGUGGCUCAGGUAAACCCCGACCAAAGAGUGAAGGUUUUGAGCUAUAUAACAACUCCACCCAAAAUGGGUCACCUGAGAGCCCUCAGCUGCCUUGGACAGAGUACAGUGAACCAAAGAAGCUGCCAGGGGAUGACAGAUUAAUGAAGAACAGAGCCGAUCAUCGCUCCAGUCCCAAUGUAGCAAAUCAGCCUCCAAGCCCCGGGGGAAAGAAUGCUUAUGCAUCUGGAACUACCACCAAAAUAACCUCAGUCUCUACUGGAAAUCUUUGUACAGAGGAACAAAUUCUGCCCCCACGACCUGAAGCUUAUCCCAUCCCAACGCAGACUUAUACUAGAGAAUAUUUCACAUUCCCAGCUUCGAAGUCCCAGGAUCGAAUGGGUCCAGCUCAGAGUCAGUGGCCAAAUUAUGAAGAAAAACCACAGGUCCAGGCAGAAAGUAAUCAUUCAAUCAAUAGUACAAUGCAGCGCGUGGCUCGUUCCCAGGAAGAACUCCGAGAGAAAGUUUUCCAGCCAGAGAGGAGUCGUUUGGAAGUUGUUAUACGGAAGGAUGUAGAGUACAUUGAUCGGAAGUCAGAUAGCGACCAGUGGAUGAAUUCAUCUGUGGAUUCUAGCACAUCUAGCCAAGAACACCUGAACCAUUCAUCCAAACCAGUCUCACCUGGUUCUUGUUUAAGUAAAAGUGGACCAGGCCGUUGGAAAACUCCAGCUACUAGCCAGCCAACUCCAGUAGCCGUUUCCCAGCCUAUCCGAACAGAUCUUCCUCCACCACCACCACCUCCUCCAGUGCAUUAUGCAGCUGAAUUCGAUGAACCACAAAUGGAUUUGCCUCUGCCUCCCCCUCCUCCUCCUAGUCAGAUAGGAGCACAAACAUCUUCCCAGGUGGCUGCUGCUGAGCGUAAAAAAAGAGAAGAGCAUCAGCGGUGGUAUGAAAAGGAGAAGGCACGUUUGGAAGAAGAAAGAGAAAGGAAACGUCGUGAGCAGGAAAGAAAACUGGGCCAAAUGCGUUCUCAGCCAUUGAUUCCUGCUCAGCCUGUGCUUCCCCCUGCAUCCCUUCAGCAAGUGAAAUCAGAAAAGCCUUCAACUUUGCAGAGGUCUCAAGAAACAGUCAUUCGAGAGUUGCAGCCCCAACAGCAGCCUCGGACUAUUGAGCGGAGAGAUCUACAGUACAUUACUAUCAGCAAAGAAGAACUGUCCUCUAGUGAUAGCUUGUCUCCAGAUCCCUGGAAACGGGAUGCUAAGGAGAAACUGGAGAAGCAGCAACAGAUGCACAUUGUGGAUAUGCUGAGUAAAGAGAUUCAGGAACUCCAGAACAAGCCUGAUCGUACAGCAGAAGAAAAUGACCGCCUCCGUAAACUCAUGCUUGAGUGGCAGUUCCAAAAGCGACUUCAAGAAUCAAAGCAAAAGGAUGAAGAUGAUGAUGAAGAGGAGGAUGAUGAUGUGGAUACUAUGCUCAUCAUGCAGCGACUGGAAGCAGAAAGAAGAGCAAGGUUACAGGAUGAAGAACGCAGACGACAGCAACAACUGGAAGAAAUGCGCAAACGAGAAGCAGAAGACAGGGCCAGGCAGGAAGAAGAGCGCCGACAGCAAGAGGAGGAGCGGACCAGGAGAGAGGCUGAAGAAAAGAGGCGACAGGAAGAGGAGUAUUACACUCGCUUAGAGGCUGAAAGGCGCAGGCAGCAUGAUGAAGCAGAACGAAGAUUACUGGAACCUGACGAGCCUGGUCUGUACAGACCUCCGCUUCCACGGGAAUAUGAACUCCCAUCCCCAACCCCUUCAUCUAACGCUCCUCCUCCCCCACCUCAGCGAAACACCUCUUACCUCAAAACACAGGUCCUCUCCCCUGACACGAUUUAUACUGCCAAGUUUGUUGCAUACAAUGAUGAUGAUGAGGAGGAGGAGGAUUCCAAUCUUGCAGGAAUAAAUUCGUACACUGGAUCUACAGGAGCAGCUGUUGGGGCCCAUGAAGUUUAUCGGGAUCCAAGAGACAAAAGAUCUAAAAGUCAAGAUACAGAUUUACCUGGAGCACCAGAGAACUUGACGUUCAGGGAACGCCAGCGACUUUUUUCACAGGGUCAGGAUGUAUCUAAUAAAGUAAAAGCUUCUAGGAAAUUAAUGGAACUGGAAAAUGAGUUGAACACAAAAUAAGAUUGAAGCACCUUAUCAGAUGUAACUGAAGAUCUCUAAACUGAGGGAUUGUGAUGGGGGGCACUACUAAUGAACAGAAAAUGAGUGUUUUCUGAAAGAGUGACUGAUUCCUCUAUAUCUAA